UGCGAUUUUUACUACAUGUACUUCGAAGAGGUGAUUGAACACGCGCUCAGAACCGAGUACCAUCAAAGAGAAGCGUGGAUGUUCGCGUUCGACAAUUUUCGGAUCCACCCUAAAAACGUGUUUCGUCGACACACAAUCAAGGAUGAUUCUCGUCGGAUAUUUCAGUCCACUGUUAGCGCAGUGCAGCGCGCAUUAAUACGUAUGUAAGCUCGUAUCGUGUGGCUGUAUAUUCGUUGGUUCGUUUCGUUCGCUCGCUCGUGGCCGUGCCAUCUAUUAUUAGUCGACAGUCAUCAGAGUCGGCUGUAUAACGCGCGGCCGAGCGACAACGCGGAAAAAGCUGGAAGAAAAUUCGACGAGAAAACGCGAGAAACCCGCGAGAUUUUUGUGCGGCACGUGCUGAUUGAUAGACAGUUCGUCAUUACUGCUCGUAUUGCCACCUUGCCGUUCCCGCUGUCACUGCCACCCUAUCGCGACCAGGAUUUCCAUCCGACACUCUCUCGAUGCCCUUGGAAAUGAUGAUUUUCACACGCUUUCCACUAUGAGGGAUGCGGUUCCACACAAAGGAAAUAAUAAUAAUAACAAUAGUAGCAGUAAUAACAAUAACAACAAUAAUAAUAACAUAACUACGUUAAAAAGCAAGCCUUCCUUGGAAAUUUAUCGACCUCCAGGAGGAAGAACGGAAGGAACUACGGCGAAUAUUACUAAUCCACGGCUAAACGUACAUGCUAAGGAAUUCACUAUGAAGCAGAAUGAUUCGCAUCCUUCUAAAUCUCGGAUAAAUGCUUCAGAGCGAUCUCCGUAUUAUUUGCAACAUAGUAAAUCGAGUGGAAAUGUACAUCGAUAUCUUUAUGCUCAACAGCAACAACAAAUACAUACCCUUCAGCAACAUCACCAGACAUCACGUCACUCUCAGAGUAGUCAUCAUUCAACGGGCUCUGCUUUGCGACAGUCACAUCCACUCGAUACCUCGGCAUCAAGUGGAAACAUAUUACAUGGUUCAGGUAGAGUCCACUUCAAUGUAGAUCAAAAUGAUGUCAAAGUGAACACAGCUAAACCUGGCAGACUUAUAAAAUCGUUAUCCUUUGUCUCUACUUAUGGAUUAAAACGAUCGAAAAGUUUGAAUGCAGCUGAUGUGUUGGCUGCAAAGGCGGUAAAUAUUUCAGACGCAUCUGAACUCGGGAAAUUCCCAACAGUGAUUCAGGACACACUUCUAAGAGCUAUCGAAGAUCCGAAUUUAUUGAAUGCUCGAGCUUUAAUGGAACUUGUACGACAUAUUUUGGAAAGAGUUGUCGAGAACCGGAAGUAUGCUGAACCUGCAGCGAAAAUUUGUAUUACUAUAAUUGAGAAAGAAAGUAAAGAAACUUUCUUGGAAUCCUUGUUAAAUACAUGUCAACAAUGGUAUCAAGAUCGAGUUAAAAUACUCUAUGACGGAUCCAGUUAUCAUCGUUAUUCCGCUUUCAUGACAUUCUUAAACGAGAUGUAUUGUCAGCUGAAACGAAGACAACUUCAAUUAAAGACACAACAGGAGGGUGUUCCUCCCGGACGUGUUCUUCUCACAUUGCUUUGGAAAUGUUGUCAAGAUUGUUUACAACCUCCAGUUGUAAAUUCUUUGGCCGAAACUGACUGCUUGUUUUUCAUCUUAACAUGUAUCGGCAAAGACUUGGAUGCUGAAUUACCAGCUCAAUUGCAGCAAUUACUUGGAAGUUUAAGAGAUGCUUUUCUCGCGGAAGAUACGAUAUUACCGUCAGUCAGAAAAACGCUUUUACAACUGAUCGAACUUCAUGCUGCUCAUUGGCAACUUCCAGCACCGGCAGUUGUUUAUUAUUAUCCUGGAUCGACUUCGAAAUGAUGUUUCUACCUUUUCGAUUUCUCCGUCCGUUCAUUGAUUUUCUGUGCUGAUACGAAUUUUUUAAUCAUUUUAAAUUAAUUAAGAGCUAUAUUUUUAUCCACGCAAUUAUAAAGUGGAGUAUUAAACGUGUAAUAAACGGCUCCAAAAAACAAUAAGCUAAGCCGUUUGUGAUGCGUUUUUGUGAAAUUUUUUUUUUAAUUAAUGCCUCGUAAUGUAGUUGUAAUGUAAUAUUGACGAUUGAUGCAUCAAUCGACAAAAUACGAAUAACCGUGAUCUCGUUGCUACUACAAAGAAUGACUGUGCCUUGUGCAAUUCUGCAAGAAGUGAUUUACGAUGAUUGCACUUCGUUGCGAGAAAUGUCAAUCUAUGUUUGAUUUUUUGCACGAUUGAUUAUUUCAUUCGUAUAAAUACUUGAAUGUCUAUAAUCUAUUAACAUGAUGAUAGAAUUCGUUUGUAUUUUCUAUGCUUUCAAAUUAAAAAUACUUCAUUAGGAAGUUAAUGGAUUAAGAAAUCAGAAACCAGUUAAAAUUGAUACAUUAUUUGUCCGAAUUAUCGUGUUAAUUACCGCAAAAUUUGAAUUUUAAAGGACAAAUAGAUUUAUGAAAAACCUUGAGAAUUAAACAUAUAUAUAUAUGUAAUGAAUGAAUGAUUUAACAGAACAGAUAUUUGCAAAAAGAAAAAAAAAUGUCAUCAUCAGAGAAUCAAAAAAACAUGAAUAAUCACGGAUUAUGAGAUAUUUUACUUCGAAUUUUCCUCGGCUUUUUACCGUAAAAAAAAAAAAAAAAAACGAUACUAUAGUAUACACGAAACAUCUUAAAAAAGAUAUAAGAUAAAAAAUAA